AUGCCUCAUCUUGACGCCCGGUCGCGCACGCCCAACGUGCACCAACGUGCAGGCAACGGCUAUCUGAUGGUUGAUGCAGUGUCAGGUGACGCCUUGUUUCGUGGCAUUGAUCAACCCACCUCCAACGCAGCCCCAGAUACCAUUCAAGCCGAAGGACGCAUAAUUGCAGCCAAAAUCCCAGGCCUUGUCACCAUUAACAUGCAUGUGCUACACGAAGGUUUGAGCCUGGACUUUGCUUCUGGUCUGCAACAUGGCAAAUCAUCUAAUCCCUGCCUCGUUGAGCUGGUUGCAGAACGCUUUGUGGAGAGGGCAGCACAUUCCGUCGUUCGCCUGCAAGCACUGGAUACCAAGCCUGCCGUCAUGCGUGGUCCCAGAGAUCCAGUCAUCCCCGAUGCUUGUGUUACGGCAGAGCUACGCUACUUUGUGCCCCGACAACGGCCAAGCGUCUUGAUUCAACAGGUUAUCGUCCAUAAUCGCGCGGGCAUCGGUGCCACGGUCAACCUGCAACGCCAAACGGCUCUCAAUUCCAGUGACGCAUCGCAACUGCCGGCAAGUUUGGCAGCAGGACUCGAUCUCUGGCAACAAAUUACGGCUGAUGGAACAGCGCUGUUUCACAUCUCUUCCAGCCUCCCAAACAACAUCAGUCUCUCCGGUGGUGGCUCUGCCACGGCCAUUAUGAUCCAUUCCCUGGUGGUCAUCCCCUCGGAUGAGCAUGUGGCUUUCACAGCCAAUCCCACAAAGAUGCCGCCUUCAGCAGCCCGCGUGGCCGCCGUUAUCAAGCAACUACUGCAAGAUGACGACGUCUUCAAGCGCCACGAGGCUGUUCACCAUCAGCUCUUUGAGUCACAUUUGCAGGCCAAUGGCUACCAAAAUCAACAUUACACCUCUGCUGUUCAUGCCAUGCUUGCCAGCAGCUACUACAUCACUACGGCGUUUGAGGUGGUGGAUUUGGGCCAAAACUUUGCCGGGCGCACUCUGCAUGACCAGCUGGAUGCCACCGCUGCUGGUUGCUAUAAUGGUCCAGUUAAUUGGGAUGCCUCCGAGUGGACGCUGCCUUCGGGAACGGCAGAUCUGAUCGAGUGGCGGGAUCGCAUGGUGCUGCGUCUGCAUCGGAAUGGCUGCCCCAACUUUCAUGAGCCCGGCCGCCAGCGCGCAGUGACGGUAGACCAGGCAUUUACGCGUAUGGUGCUUGGGAUUACGGGACGCAAAAACAACCUGCGCAUCAGCCCGUCAUUCAGCAUGCCCUUAGGAUUGGAGCUGCGGGGCAAUCAUAUUGAUUUUGAUGACCAUGUGCUGCAUCUGGUCAAAAAUCAAGAAGAGAUGCUGUUGAGUCGGGGCGAUCGACUUCGCGAAGCGCUUUAUGUCACCAAAAGCCUCCACAACCAGGCACAAAUCCUUGGAGCCCAUGCCAGCCUCGAACUUUCCAGCAGUGAAGCCCACUACAUUUCCACUACCAGCCAAGGGGCGGCAGCUGUCUUCACUCCCCAGGAGAGUCUGCACAUGUUUGGCAUUGCACCCGAAACGCACAGUUUUAGUUCAGGUUUGGUCGCCCUCCUUGUGAUUGGCGUUGUGGUCUUUCACAUCUUGCUUGCCCGUCUGUUGUGUCGUGAAUUUUGCUCGAUGAAGUAA